AUCGUCAGCACAAUUGAGGGUAAUCAGGUCACCAUCAUCCAGGGUCCCACAGGGUCAGGGAAGACAACUCAGGUUCCCCAGUACAUACUGGAUUACUACGCUGGGGAGUCUCGGUACUGCAACAUCGUUGUGACCCAGCCUCGGAAGAUUGCAGCCGUCUCCAUUGCACAGAGAGUUUGUGACGAACGAGGCUGGGAACUUGGCAGUGUUUGUGGUUAUCAGUACGGCAUGGACAGUAGAAUCAGUGAAGACACCAGACUGUUGUAUUGCACAACCGGGGUCCUCAAGGAGAAGUUUAUCAACAGGAAGUCCAUGCAUCAGUACACUCAUGUCAUACUGGAUGAGGUUCAUGAGCGAGACAUUGAGUCAGACUUUCUGCUCUUGAUAGUCAAGAAGUUGCUGAGAACUAACUCUUCCCAUGUCAAGGUGGUCCUGAUGUCUGCCACGUUUGACACUGCAGUGUUUUCCCAGUAUUUUCGGCUACCUGUAGGCAACCAUUUAGAACCGGCACCAGUUGUGACAGUUGGCACAGCACAUCACCAUGUCUCUGAGUUUUUUGUUGAUGAGCUGGCACCUCGACUGGGAGAGGUCCCUCCUAUUGAUGAAAACCGGCCAGGGAUUUCUCCUGGCAUGUACAAUAUGGCAGUUGGGCUUAUAAAAGAGUUUGACCUGUUUGAGGAGAAGGAGCAAGGGAGAGACAGUCAAACAGGAUUUGCUCCUAUCAGAGGGACUGUGCUGAUUUUUCUGCCAGGCUUGCAUGAAAUUAUCUACAUGCUGGAGCAAGUCCGACCACUGGAGCACAGUCACUUCUUGGACAUCAUCCCUCUUCAUUCAACUAUCACUCUAGAGGAACAGAAUAAAGCUUUCAAAAAACCUGCCCGAGGAUACAGAAAGGUGAUUGUCUCUACCAAUAUUGCAGAAAGCUCCAUCACAGUUCCAGAUAUUAAAUAUGUGAUUGACUUCUGCCUGACCAAAAGCCUGUGCUGUGACCCAGAAACCAACUACCCACAGUUGGUGCUGGAGUGGGCUUCCAAAGCCAACACAAAACAGAGGAAAGGUCGGGCUGGCAGAGUCUCUAAUGGACGUGUCUAUUACAUGGUCCCUCAAUGGUUCUAUAAUUCUGUUCUUCUGGAAUAUGGGACCCCAGAAAUGCAGAGGUCACCACUGGACUCUUUGGUGCUGAAAACAAAGCUCUUCGACAUGGGUGAACCAAAGGCUCUGCUUGGGUUAGCCCUGUCGCCUCCAGACUUGGAUGACAUCGGCCGCACAAUACUCAGUUUGAAGGAGGUUGGGGCGCUGUCAUCUGACGUGGGCGAGGAGUCGAACCCAUAUGAUGGAACUCUGACUUUUAUUGGCCGUGUCUUAGCCAGCCUGCCUGUGGACAUUCGGAUUGGCAAGCUUUUGGUCCUGGGCCACGUCUUUGGGGUUCUAGAGGAGUGUUUAAUCAUUGGGGCAGCAUUGUCUGUGAAGAGUAUUUUUGCAAAUCCCAUGCAAGCCAGAUUAGAGGCUUUUAAAGCUAAAUUUGAAUGGUCGGACAACUCUCUAAGUGACUGCAUAGCUGCACUUAAUGCCUACAAGGUAUGGGAGAAUAGAGUCAGAAUGAAAGAAUUUGAAAGAGCAGGAGCAACAGAAGGCCAGUGGGGGAAGAAACACUACCUGCAGCCGAAACGAAUGAAAGAGGUUCAUGAGAUGGUCACAGAGCUAGAAGAUCGGCUAAAGAGAUUUAACAUAAUUCGGCCACGGCACAAGCCCAAUUUCAAAGGAAGUCACACAAGUGCAACAGAGAGACUGAUUUUAAAGAUUGUGCUUUGUGGUGCCUUUUAUCCAAACUUCGUGGUCAAAGAGGAGACGGAUGAGAAAGACGCAGUAAAACUAUUGUCUGGGAAUGACCCUUGCCGGACAGUCAUGGUGAAAGGACUGCCAGUAAACCAAGGCAUGCUGUACGUGAAGCAGCUUCAAGAUAUUUUCAGCUGUUGCCACAAGGAUCCACUACCCCGCAUAAGUUGUGAACAAACCAGAGCCUUUAUUGAGUUCUGCUGGAAACCUGGCAUGCUGUCAGAGGGGAAGAUCCAUCCAGGCGUGUGUUAUGCCAUUAAAUUAAGGCAGUUGGGGAUAAAGUUGACCCUUGACCUGUAUGACAAAGAAGAAACUCAGAGGAAGUUGGCAGAAUUACAGAAAGCCACGCAGUGCCAGAGAUCAGAUGGGAAUCUGCGGACCAACAGGCUGAAAGCCGAAGAUGGUGUGACGGAUCGACAGCUGUCCAGCAGCAUCAUUGACCCAGAUGUCACAAUCCUUCUUGUUAGUGUCACAGAA